UGAUUAAAAGUUAGUCAGGUUCGUGAUAUCGACAACACAGAGUUACAUCUCAGAACAGCUGGCUAUCCUCAUAAUUUCGCUUCACAGUAUAACGCCCAUUCAGUGCGGAUUUAUAAACUAUCAGGUCACAUGCAUAAAUAAGUGAUGUCACAGUGGAUAUAUAUGCGGGACUAUGCGCAGGGUCUUUCAAAACUAAAAGAAAAGUUACGAAAAAGGACAUAACUGAAUCUUUAAACUUUAGUUUACUCUUUAAAAUAAAUGAUAGAUUGCUUUUAGAAAAUGGAUUUCUUAAGCCUUCUGUCAAACAAUUUCCUCUCUAUUUUGAUGGUUCUCAUAGUUCUUGCGUUAUUUUGGAAGAGUCGUGGAAAAGAAAGCAGCACAGCAAGACUACCGCCUGGUCCCUCUCCAGUUCCCAUCCUUGGAAACAUUUUCCAGGUGGAUUUGAAACAACCCUACAAGUCAUAUUUAGAGUUCAGUGAGAAGUAUGGCUCAGUCUUCACUGUGUGGUUUGGUCCCAAACCAGUGGUUGUGCUGUCUGGGUAUCAGACCAUUAAGGAAGCUCUUCUGAACCAGGGGGAGGAGUUCAGUGGCCGUGCCAUUUACCCUGUGCUCCUUCAAGCCACCAAAGGCUAUGGGGUGUUGGCAAGCAGUGGGAGUCGUUGGAAGGAUCUACGGAGGUUCUCCCUGAUGACCCUGAAGAAUUUUGGAAUGGGGCGCAGGGGCAUCGAAGAAAGGGUACAAGAAGAAGCCAGGUUUUUGGUCAAAGCCUUCAGUGAAUAUGGAGAUUCUCUCUUCAACCCACACCAUUUGUUGUGUAAUGCUGUGUCCAAUGUCAUCUGUUCCAUCGUCUUUGGCAAGAGGUUCGAAUACGAUGAACAGCAGUUCAAGUUCCUCCAGCAGAGCAUUGAUGCUUACUUCCAUUUUCUCAGCAGCUCCAAAGGACAGUUCUUCAACAUGUUUCCCAGACUGGCCUGGUACCUGCCCGGCCCUCAUCAUGAGGUCUUUCAGCACCUCGAGAAGGUCAGAAAUUACAUUGAACAGGAAGCCAAGCAACGCCUCAGCCACCUGGACAUCAACUCCCCCCAGGACUACAUUGAAGCAUUUCUGGUCCGGAUGCUGGAGCAAGAACACAAGCCUGGCAGCGAGUUCCACUUUGACAACCUGGUGAGUUCCAUUUGGAACCUGUUCUCCGCAGGGACGGAGACCACCUCUUCCACGCUGAGGCACGGCCUGCUGCUCAUGAUGAAGUACCCUCACGUCCAAGAGCGGAUUCAGAAGGAGAUUGAUGAGGUGGUAGGGUCCUCCAGAAGCCCCUCAGUCCAGGACAGACAGAACAUGCCCUACACUGAUGCUGUCAUUCAUGAGGUCCAACGGUCUAUGGACCUCACCCCCACUUCCGUUCCUCACAAAACGAUGAGGGACACAGAAUUCAAGGGCUACUUCCUCCCUGAGAGAACUUCCUGGAUGAGAACGGAAGCUUCAAGAAGAAUGACGCGUUCCUGGCAUUUGGACUGGGGAAACGGGUCUGUCUCGGGGAGGGGCUGGCCAGGGUGGAGCUCUUCCUCCUCUUCUCCUCCCUCCUCCAGCGAUUCACCUUCAGAGCGACGCAGCCCCCGGAGGAGAUCGACACCAACCCUGCGUGCUGCAGCUUCGGACGACUGCCACGCACCUACAGCUGCUAUGCGCAGCUCCGAGAAUAAGCCUGACGCCAGGGUUAGCCUCCUGAACACGAUACUGAUACUGGCAGCUCAGAGAAUAAGCCUGACGCCAGGCCUCAUAAUGGCUUCCUUGAUUUCACUGGCACAACUCUGGUCCUCUUGUUGGAAAAUGGCAAUGACAGUCUCCAGAGGCAAUCAACUGGACUAGAACCAAGAAGAGAUAUGAAAAACUCUCUUAUAGUUGCAGCAAGAAAGCAAUUGAACACAUCUGACUAAUCAGAAACACCCGUGAAGCCAUUUGUCCCGAAUAUUAUGGUUUCCUGAAAUGCUGGGAGGAUGUAUAAAAAGUGCUGUAAUUUCUAAAUGGUGCAAAAAUACCCUUUAAUAAAAGCUGAGAAUCUGAACUUUAA